AAAGUUGAACGACAGCCGUAAGCUUACAAGUAAAGUAAAGGAAAAAAAACCGUUUCGACCAAACGAACAGCCAAAAAGAAGAAGACGAAAAAGAAAAACAGCCGACCUUGCUUUUUGGCAACACGAAGCGGAAUGGAAAAUUUCGAGUAAAAAAGCGUCGCGUUCCAAAUGCAAAAAACAACACAACGAAACGACGACGACGAGCAAAAGCUUUUUGACCACGGCGGGGGGGGGAGAACGUUGAAAGACAACGACGACGACGACGACUUACUGUUUGGAACGUUACGUUUCUUACACAUUUUUGCAAAGACAUCUCUCGGCAUUUGAACGCUUUUCCAAUCGGCUACACAUUGCCGGUGGGCUUUAUAUAGGCAAGCUAUUCCAUCAAAAAGGCCCCCGCAAGCUGACUUUGGCCUUUAGUCGUCGGGCUGAUUUUUACCGUUUAUUUACAAGUAUUGCGAACGCUAUGAAGUUGUUUACAGCCGCACUUUUCUUUGGCUUUCUUGCUGCUCCAUUGUCCAUUGCCCAGCCGUCACCCUCUCCUAGCUCUGCGGCACCCAAUACGUCUUCAUCCGUCUUACCGUCUCCGUCAACCACAACGUCGAUUCUCCCUAGACCCACAAAUGUCAACGGAACGGCGCCUCCAGCGGGAAAUGUGACCAUUCCUGCAGCUGGUAAUUGCGAUUUUCAGCGUCGAACAACUUGCUUCAAUGGAGCAACCGCCGACAGCUUGUGCGCGCAAAAGACACAGCUGACAACAGUCGCAAACUGCUUGAGACAGAUUCCCGGAUGUGAACUGGAAGCUACACAGAUUGCUGGUGCCGCUGCUCUCCCCGCUACGACCUGCGUGCAGAUGACACAAAAAGUUAUCUCAGCGGAAUCACCUGCAGCCCGUAACACUACCAAUCCUCUCCCACCAUCGCCUACAUCAAACCCUUUCGCCAAUCCCUCUACCGUGAAGCCCGCAGACUCAAAGACAAACUCUGGUGACACAGUUAGAAGCACCCUGAGCAUCAUUGGUGGAGCGGCUAUUAUGGGUGCCGCUGUGUUAUUGUAAAACUAGAUGGUAGUCUAUGUACCAGAUAGAUGACGAUUCCUGUACUAGUAAAAUGAUAUCGAGCCUCAUAAGGAUCUGCAGGAAGAGACAUUGUUGUCAGCUGCCAGG